AUGUCAGCUGCAGAGGGCCAUGACCGAGACCGAACUGUUACGCCGGCGAACCCCACAUCGGUAGCAGAUCAAGUUGCCGUCGGGGUCAUCGUCCUUGAGAGAACUCGAAACUUUGACACAAGGGACCUUCAAAUGCCCCUCGAGUUCGGCAUUAUUCACAGAGACACUUCGAAGACUCUCACAGUAUUUAAUUCCCAGCAGUCUGUGUUCUUCUACCCAGGUGCCACGAGCACAGUUACUCGCCUUGUCAUAGACACCGGGGGCAAUCACAAAGUCGUCCGACACUCUAACAUCGUCCUAAACCCGGCGACGCUCUCCCGUCAGGCGCCACAGUGGGCUAACUCGGCACGGCUACGCCAGGAUAUGACCGUACUUGGAAUAUACGACAUCGCUACCUUUAGAAUAGAACGCGAGGAUCCAUCAAAAAAACCCUCGGAAAUCAUCCUGAAUGCCGUCCUCGACCCACCGCAAGUGCCUAUCUAUUGUUCCAGCGCAGAGUGGGCAGCGGCACAGGCUCAUCGCGUGUGCCAAAAUUUCUUCAUGCCGUGGCUGAGCGUUUACCCUGCUCCCGCAACUGAUAACAAUAUUUGUCCUCUUCGGAUAAAAUACUUGGAGAAGAUCGGUAGGCUUAUCCGUGAUGAUUAUGCUAGACCCAGCAGGGGCGACGAAGCAGUAUGCUACAUCUCUGGGUCGUAUGACCAUUAUUUAAAGGUGACAGAGGUGGGCCAUAUAGAGGGGCCCGAGAAGCGGAUCCCUGUAGUCAAAAUCUGGCGUGUCGAGCAUGAGGUUGCGGAGACUUAUAGAUCAAUACCCAUUGACACUGAAGAACUCCGCAGUACCGUCGCAGUCGUCAGUUAUCCUCGGAGUGACAGACACGAAGGAGAGUGGAGUGGAGAGGCGGAAGGAUUUUGUUUCAUGGAUGAAUUCCUCGCCCCAGGCGAACGCACGCUCAUCUCUGAGAGUAUACCGGCAUCACGACAUAGUACCAGAUCCCACCAUACUGCGACCCAAAUCCAGCACGUCGAAUGA